AAGCGCAAGCCUAAACCUUCUCCUCUCGCUUUCCACAUUCAAUUAGGGUUGCGACAUUGAAUACCCCCAAACUAUGGGUUCUGAUUCCAAUUUGGGAGGCUCACCCUCAGCAUCUUCGCCCAGUGGAAAGCGCACCAGAGAUCCGGAAGAGGAAGUUUACCUCGAUAAUCUUCGCUCUCACAAACGUUACCUUAGCGAGAUAAUGGCAUCCAGUCUCAACGGAUUGACAGUUGGAGACUCACUUCCUGAUAAUCUCAUGGAAUCUCCAGCUAGGUCCGAAAACAUGUUCUCUUUCAGGGAUGAUAUGUCUUUACAAUAUUCACCUAUGUCAGAAGACUCAGACGACUCAAGGUUUUGCGAGACCCCCGUGCACAGUUGCUCAUCCCAGCCCGACAGUCUUCCCAGCAGUCCAGUUUCCCCAUACAGGUACCAAAGACCACAGAAUGCAUUAUCGUCAGCACCUUCUUCAAGCUCAAAUGCUUCUCAUGGCUCUACAGUCUCCGCGGUUACUUGCUCCCAACCCCGUCAGCGAGGAUCAGAUUCUGAAGGCCGCUUUCCAUCAUCUCCGAGUGACAUAUGCCACUCAGCUGAUUUAAGAAGAGCAGCACUUCUAAGAUCUGUGCAAAUGAGAACACAGCCUCCUGGUUCUGCAUCUUUGGACCUUCCAUUUGGCUCCAGCCAAGAGCCUGCUCCCAACAUCGAUCCCGAGGAAAGGUCAUGCUCAUUUAUGAAAUCCCUGGUUGACGAGAGAGAAUAUUGAAGAGGGUUCGUCAAGGGGUAUUCCUUAAGGAUGGUUUAAGCCUGGCAGGUCUCCAGCGGGAAAGCAGCUGAUUGUAAAGGCUAAUUGCUGUGUUGGAGAAUGGUUGGUUUACACUGUGAGAUGGUCACUUGUGAUAGUUUUAGCCCACAAGAAAGUGUCGUUUUUUGUGUUAUGAGAAUUUUUCCAGCUUUAUGUAUACCCCAAUCUUGUGCCUGACCACUCUAGUAAAUAUUCCAUGCAGUCCUCUGGCUUCAAAAUUUUUCUUUGAAUUCAUUUAUUGGUUUUCAUCUAUUUUAUUUAAGAUAUUUGUGAUCAUUUUAUAUAAACCAAAUUAGAACAAGUAUU